CCUCCAUCGGCAAACACACCACAGCAGCUUAUCUCUGCGUCAUCACUAUCGUCCUCUUCUCAGGCCUACCAAGGCCAUCCACACGCUUCUGGUCAUCAAACUAUUGAUAUGGCUAUGCCAACUGAUCUGAUUGGUCUUGAAUCUGCCUCUAGCAGCUUGGCAUCAGCCGCUUCACCUUUGGCUGGAAACCAGCAUCAAGCUCAACAACAGCAGCAAUCGCUUUCUCCCUCGGUCAGCCAGCAGCUUACUUCUAGACAGCAGCAACACUCUGUCCAGCAUCCUCAACAGCAAUUCCAUCAAGGAACACAUACUCAUUUUUCUCAUCAACCUCAACAACAAUCACCAUCUUUACUUCCACCACCGCAACCGUCUCAUCAGCAUCAACCACAGCCACAAUAUCCUCACACCCAACAAACCUUGCUGUCACCCAUUCGACCCACCAUUCCAGGCAUCUAUCCACAAAGCGGUCACUUGCCCUGUCCCCAAUCUCCAGUAGGGGUGUUCCCCUCCCCGCAACAACCUCAACAUCAACAACGACAAUCGCAUCACCUACAUCAUCAGCUACAGCAACAGCACCUUCCCUCCGUACCACCUCCCGGUCCACAAUAUCACCACCAUUCCAAUACUCUUCAACAGAUACAACAUCAACCAGCCCAAUCUCAAUCAGGACAAAUGUCUGUCUCCGGCGUUCACUUCACAACAUCCCAACCUGUCUACCAAGGUCCACAACAUUCUGCAUAUUCUCCCUGUCUCGGACCACAGUCAUCGAUCUCCUCUGGAACCACACCUCCCGUCACCUGUUUUAUCUCGUCUUUAACCUCCAUUUCUAUUUCCAAUACCGCACCUACGACCACUGCCUCUAUCACCUCAGCUCCUGGCGUUCCGGUCUCACAAUAUUCUAAUUCUGCCCACCCUAACUCAUACUCUUGUACUCCUGGAUCCGCGAAUUCUUCUAGCUAUCAAACCGGACCCGGAGGAACCAGUCUCGGACAGAUUCAGUCAAAACCCUUUCUGGGUCAGAAUCAGUCAUUGCAGGGCCAACAAUUGCCACUAUCUGGGGGUCAGACGAUGACUCCCACUCCACCAUCAUCCGCUGGUAGUGGCUCCACAAGUGGACACCAUCAAUCAAUGCACACUACGUCACAAUUGCAUCAUCAACAACAGGGAGUUCCUCCCCCCCUUCCUCUAACUCAGCAACAUUAUCAUAACCAACGGCAGCAACAGCUUCAUCAUUCUCAGCAACAGCAACUACUUCAAAACCCACAGCUACAGCAGCACCAUUCACAUCCGCAUCAUACUCAACCGCAGCAGCAGCGUCAACAGCAACAAUUACCUCAUCCUCUACAGCAUCCUCAGCAGUCGCAACAACCUCAGCAGCAUUUACAUAUUCAGCCAGAUCAUUCGCAGAUGGCAGGUCACAAUCAACACUGGUAUACUAUGGUAAGCAUCUUUCCUUGCUAA